AUGCAGAAAAUGUGUCAUGACACUCUGAAUCCCUUUCCAUUAGGUACAUUUACAUAUACCCAGGUUGCUGCUGCUGAUGAUGCGGAGAAGAAGCGGUCUGUCUGGUUUACAGGGGCUUCCCUGGAUAGACAAAUUAGUCGCACAGACAUCAUUCUUAUGGACGGAGGUACUCCGCAGAUUGUUAGGCUGAAAGUUUCCCAACUAGCCGAGAAAGCCUCUAGUUUAGUCCUAGACUGGCCACUUUACCCCAGAUUUUAUUCUUGGCCGUCUAUAUUCUCUCUUGUCGCCUUCUUUCAUAGGAUAAUAUCCGAUCGUCAGACGCAUACAAAAUCAUCUUUUGUCCAAAAAAAAAUCCAUCCGAUGGAGUCUCGUCCGGCCGUAAACGGCAAGGAAAUGCUCGCCAUGCUGAACGGCAACCAGCAGCCAUCGUCAUCAUCACCAGGAGCAAUCCGGGCUUGCCGGCGUUGCAAGAAGCCCGAACCAUCCAACCCGUCCCCGGAGCAGAAACUCAAACGGUGUUCUCGCUGCCGAAGCAGUCUGUACUGCUCGCGCGCCUGCCAGCGCGCAGACUGGAAGACCGGCGGCCACAAACGCGCCUGCACGUUCGGCGCCAUGGCCAACAACUGCUAUCUCGACAGCCUGCCGUCGGAGGAAGAGGCCAUGGACCAGCUGAUCGACGCGUACCGGCUCCGGGUGGAAGAUGACUUUAUGUACCGCGGCCACUUACAUGGUCGGUACGCCGAGAAGAAGGCCGAUAAGAAGGAGAAGGACGACGACGAGCAGCAGGACGAAGAGAGUCCUGCCGUGCGGGAUUUCAGACACUUCCUCGACCUGGCCGAGGCUCAGAUUGGUAAAGAGCAGCCCGAGGACGGCAAAAAGUCCAGCAUCCUGCCCAGCUGGUGGAGUCCGGAGAAGAGGGCCAUCUGUGAGCGUCGCGCCAUGGGCACCGGCUGGUCUGCGCUUCACCACGCGGUGGAAAAGGAAGAUAUCCAGGAGCAUUACAAGGACAGUAUGAUGCCGAUGAAGUUGCGCAUGUUGGCAGAAGCGGUCUAUGGAUUCAACGUCAUGGAACGGCGAUAG